ACAACAGCGUCUAUAAACAAUCUAAAAUAUGGCUGCCCUGAUACUUCGUGUUGUAACCCAUCAAUUUGUCUGAUUUAUCACGUUAUGCCCAUUUUACAAGAACCUUGGACAAUGUCUUUUCAUCACAAACAUGGGCGAUUCAUAAAAUUGUCGAAAGUAAACUCUAGAGCAAUCCGAGAAGGCGAUACUUAUGACCAUGGAGUCGUGUUUUCUUGUAGGCCCAUCAGAAUUGGAGAGAUCUUUCAACUCAGUAUUGAACAGAUGGAGCCAAAAUGGGCUGGUUCUUUGAGAAUUGGAGUAACUUUAAAAAAUCCCAAUUGUCCACAGACUAGUGUUGUGCGAGCUGUAACGGACCUUUUUAUAGAUGAUUGUAAAGACUUUUGGAUAUUGUCUGGUUCACGUCUGCAUAAUGGCACACUUGAAAAGGAAUACAGUUUUAAUAUACAUUCUUUGAAAGUCAAUGACUGUAUAGGUGUGCAAGUAAAUCGUAAGGGGGAGUUAAUAUAUUUCUGCAAUGGUGUUAGUAAAGGUGUAGCAAUAACUGGAAUCCCUACUGAUAAASAAAUCUUUGCUAUUUUUGAUGUUUAUGGAAGAACAAAGGAGGUGGCGUGGAAAUAUCAUGGAGUUGAUCCUUUAGAAAUGUUGUGUAAGAUGGUAAUAUUGGCUAAUGUUUCAAGUCACGAAGAUAUUGACAAGCUUCCUCUUCCAUUUCCAGUCAUAGAGUUUAUGAAAUCCUAGUUUGAAGAUGAAAUCUUAAAAUAGGGAUAUUGUGCUAGGAUAUGCAACCAAAAUCGACAAAAGGGGAAAUACCUAUGAAUAGGUGCCUUUUCAAAAUUGUUUUUAACAUGUAAAUAAUUUUAUUUCAUAGAAUGUAAGACUGCAAAUGAUGAAUAAAAGGUUGAUAGAGAUGUAAUUUCAUCAUAUAAAGUUGAAUGAGUGGUGAAAAUAACAUAUCACCAUGCCAGAUACUCUGUUCAAAUUUUCUGACGUAUAUAGAGGAUAUUACAUGGGCGCGCGGGGAUACRGAUUUUAUCUUCGAGUGUUSAAAAGAUUCGCUACGCUCACUCGUGAGAGAUUUUCAACACGAGAAGAUAAAAUUCGUAUCUCCAAGCGACCAUGUAAUAUUCUGUUCAAUUUUACAUAAUGGAGAAAUAUAGGUAYUUCAUAGAUAAUUAUAUGAUAAAGUGUUAUACAUUAUACAUAUUAUUGUAUGAACAAUAUCGAGUUGGGAGUAAAAGGACCUAAAAGUAGUCAUAGAAUAUAGUCAUCAUUAUAAACAUGACAACCAAAAACAAAGGCAUUGAGUCAUUUGCAGCUUAUUUUUGCCAUUGUUUGAGGUUACAUAGACUUUCUCAAAAUCAUUAGCCAUGCUUUAUUAUUUUUGACUAUAGCAGAACAAAUGACUUGUAACAAGUCUAGACGUAAUGUAGUGUUUUUAUUUUUAUCUACCCUAUGUACAAGCAGAGAAACAAUCCUCUACUUGCAGGGCACUCAGAGGCUAACGAGAGAGUUUUCCUAGGAUCGAUACUGGCUGAUACUAUGCAAAAAAAAUAAAUAUUAAUAAAAAUAACAAUAUGAUUGUA